AUGGCUAUCAAGGAACAACCAAGUGUCCCUGCUCCAUCCCCCAUUCCGCUGCCUGAUCGAACUCGGGAUACUACGGAACGGGGACCGGGGCCGGUAUCUGAGUCGUCGACCGGUCAAUCAUUCUCUAAGCCAAAGCUUCGUCUCAAAAUUCAAGAUCUUGAUCACCCCGGAGCAGCUAAGUUCCUCAACUCCGUCAACUCUGCCACCGUGCUCUCAACCGCCGUAAACAACGUCCUACGGCUGCUCUACAAAUCGCCCUCAGAGAAACAUACCACAGUCCCGCCCACUCGCUCCGUAACCCUCGUCCUGCGGGAUAUGGGUGGCGUGGCAUACACCACAGGGUUCUUACUUACACAACUCCCUCUCCUUCACCCAACUCGAAAGACCGACCUCGACAACGAUCACAAGGAAAUACACUUCUCCCUCAACUACAUCAACUCGAUCAACCCCGUCUCGCGGCUCACCCACGAGAUCACGGGCGUCCUGACCCACGAGCUGGUGCACUGCUACCAGUGGGACGCCGAAGGGACGUGCCCGGGCGGCCUGAUCGAGGGCGUGGCCGACUGGGUGCGGCUGAACUGCGACCUCAGUCCGCCGCACUGGAAGAAGGAGGUGGAAGGCGCCUACUUCCUCCAGUACCUCGAACAACGGUUCGGGGAGGGGACGAUCCGCCGGCUCAACGACGAGUUGCGGCGGCACAAGUACGAGUGCGAGGCCUUCUGGCCCGGGCUAUUGGGCAGGUCGGUUGAGAAGCUGUACGGUGAUUACGUCAAGAAGGAAAAGGACGACGGCCAAAAGUAG